AUGAGUGCCAUAAUGGAGAGUAAACCGUUCAAAACGGACGGUUUCAUCAAACAGGAGCCGUACAUCAAGGAGGAGUACGGCAGUGGCGGUGAUCUCAUGACUCAACAAAUCAUGCAUUGUCAGCCCAACAUGCAGCAGACCAUGAGCUGGGAUAAUUUGCCCUUUGGAUCGAUGAAGUACCAGGUGUCGAAACAGAGUGCAACACCGUAUACCGAUGCAACAAAUUGCAAAAAAUCCAGUAAUCACAUCAAACGACCGAUGAACGCGUUUAUGGUGUGGUCGCAAUUGGAGCGACGGAAAAUUUGCGAACAUCAACCCGACAUGCACAACGCCGAAAUUAGCAAACAGCUCGGUUCUCGCUGGAGACAACUCACCGAAGAGGAGAAGUCGCCAUUCGUCGCGGAAGCCGAACGACUACGGCUCAUGCAUAUGCAGUCUGAGAGAUGGGGGCGUGAAGGACCAUCUCGUUAUGGUCCCGACAGCACUUUCGAAAGAGGAAGACCUACAACCAACUCUCCUAAGGCAAGCUACUGUGACUGA